UAGAUUUAUCAAUAAUUAGUCUAAGGUUAGUUACAUAAUGAUAAACCCACGAGCACCUUGCCAUAACAGAACUACUUUGUAUCGUGGUUCCCAAAUUCUAUAUCAUCACCUACCUACUUAAUCACGUGUAAAUAAGUUUCUCAAUUGGUUUCAUUCAUUUAUGGCCGAGUAAAUUAAUCGUUUUCGGAAAUGUCUUCUCCCUCUCCCUCCUCCAAAAAAAUACCCCAAAAUAGUCAAAUCUAGAUGAAGCAAAUCGACAUACACCUCUACACAAUUAUUUACCUCAAAACGUGAUAUUUUUAAUGAGAAAAUUUUAUCAUCCGAAAGAAAACGUUUCGGAGCACGUUGCCGGCUAAAUACGAACCGGUAUGAUAAUAUCGGUCGAGAUAAUCAAACGAAUUAGAUAAAUUCAUACCUAUAACGAGGUUGGUGCCGUGCGGUUAGUUCUUCCUAAUGUGAUCUUUCAUUAAUUUACCUACUGUUCGUUAUUUUACAACAUUGUAACGAUUCAACGCUUAUACCCAAAGUACCUAAGCGUUGUAUUGUGCAACAUUUUGCAUUUACUCGUACGUACGUAUUUUUACACGCGGUAGAUUAUUUUUAACAAUUUUUCAAGUUCAAGAGUAAAUUUUUUUACAUCAUUUAUCAAGUGUCGCUUUUUUGAACCGUGUUUUUUUUAUCAGAGAUCAUAAUGGAUGAACUCUUAUCUUCCAUAUUGUUCAUCUUAAUUACCUGGUUACUCUACAUAAUCAUCCAGUACGUAAAAACCUACACAUACUGGAGCAGAAGAGGUGUACCUCAAUUAUUCCCGAUACCAUUUUUCGGCAAUACAUUCUCGGUAACAUGCGGAGAAGAGCCUAUGUACCAUUUCCACUACAAAAAUUACUUCAAAUUCAAAGGCCAACGAUUCGGAGGAUACUACGAUUUCGGAAGACCAGUUUUACUCGUCAGGGAUCCCGAAUUAAUAAAUCACAUUCUGACUAAGGAUUUCGUACAUUUUCAAGAUAGAGGAUUCCCUUACGAUGAAGAAAAGGAACCUUUGACCGCGAAUCUUUUCAAUAUGGGCGGACCGAGGUGGAAAAAUGUCCGAACUAAGAUCACCCCUUGUUUCACGACUGGAAAAAGGAAGCUUAUGUUUGGUAUGUUGAAGAAAUGCAUGGAAGAUUUGAAAACCAUCAUAAAGAAGGAUAUUGAAUCGAACGAUGAUAUCGAAUUUAAAGAUAUUAUGGCAAGAUUCAGCACAGAUGUAAUCACCGAAAGUGCAUUCGGCAUCGCAGCCCACACGCUGAAAAAUCCAGCAGCCGAAUUCCGAGCAAUGGGUCGCAGCCUGAUCCAGCCAAAUAGCCGAAUACUUCCUAUUUUUAUACAAAUUUGUCCAAAAAUAAUGCAGUAUUUCGGCGUUCGAUUUUUGAGCAAAGAAAUGAACGAUUUCUUCCAAGGCUUCGUCAAAGAAGCGGUAGAAUUCCGUAAACAUAACCAAGUAACCAGGAAUGAUUUCUUGAACUCGAUGGUCGAAUUGAUGGAGAAACAGAAUAGCGAAGAAAAUGGCAGAGAUAUCACUUAUGCCAGUAUAGCUGCCGAAUGCUGGUUCUUCUUUUUCGCCGGUUUCGAAGCAUCUUCCAGUGCCUUGAGUAUGACUCUGUUUGAGCUCGCUCGUAAUCCAGAUAUUCAAGAAAAACUCCAAGAAGAAGUAGACCGAGUCCUCGAAAAAUACAACGGAGAAAUAACCUACGACGCUUUGCAAGAAAUGACCUACAUGGAAAUGGUCAUUUAUGAAACCAUAAGAUUGUAUCCUUCGUUACCCUUCUUGAUAAGAAACUGCAGUCAAAAGUAUAAAAUACCAGAUUCCGAUGUUUACAUCGACAAAGGCGUCAGUGUCGUGAUACCGGUUGUUGGAUUACAUCGUGAUCCAUCUUAUUAUACCGAACCUGAGAAAUAUAAUCCGGAGAAUUUCUCAGAUGAAGUGAAAAAUACCAGACAUCAUUGUACAUUUUUACCUUUCGGCGAAGGUCCGAGAAUAUGCAUUGCUUCUCGAUUCGGAAUGAUGCAGAUAAAAACAGGACUGGCGACUCUGGUAAGAAAUUUCGAAUUCACUCCAUCGCCGAAAAUGAUCACACCUCUGCAACUCAUUCCAAGACUGAUCUUAACAAAUUGUGGCAGCGGUGUAUGGCUCAGAUGUACAGAACGAUCUCUAAAAGUAUCGAAAAACACUGACACAGAGAAAGAAAAAGCAAACAAAAUGUACAUCGUGGUGUUCUUCUGCGCAGUGAUUCUGAUCCUGUAUCGAAUCCUGCAACAUAAAUUACGCUACUGGGAACGUCGCGGAGUUCCUUGUUUGAAACAGAAUUUCUUGAGUAGUGAAUUGGAUUGGCUAAUAAGAGGAAAAUCGCGUUUCCAGUACUUCAAAGACAUAUACGAUGACUUGGCUCCGCACAAAUACGGAGGAUACAGCGUUAUGCCGCUCAAGAUGAUGAUACGAGAUCCAGAUUACAUCAAACACGUGUUGACCAAAGAAUUCGAUAGUUUUUCCAGCCGCGAGAAGUUAUUUUUCACUAAGACCGAUCCUUUGACUCAUUUCAUUUUUAAUUUGGAAGGUAAAGAGUGGAAAGACACUAGAGCCAAACUUACGCCUGGAUUCAGUUCGGGUAAAUUGAAAUUUAUGUUCGAAUUGAUCGCCGAAUGUGCCGAUGAAAUGGAUAAAACCAUAAAUAUAUCCAAAGAGCAGACCGUUGACGUUAUCGGAGUGUUGAGAUUGUUCAUAAUGAACGUUAUAUUCACCUGUACUUACGGCCUAAAGGUGAAUAAGAUGGAAAACGGGUGUGAGAUUUUUAUGAAAAUGGCCGGCUUAAUCAGAGGUGGGUCCAAUGUUUCGAAAAAAUUGGCAAAUUUCUUCUUCAUUUUACCAUCAACGGUAAGACAUUACGUCACGUCUUCGGCUUAUGGAAAGUACUCGAGAGAUUUUUUCAAGAGGAUUGUACUGGAUUGUAUCAAACACAGAGAAGACAAUAAUAUCAAUAGGAAUGAUUUCUUGCAAGCUUUCAUGACUUUGAUGAAAGCGAAUGAUGACUCCAAAUGGACGGUAGAUAAAACUUUGGCUCACGGCAUCCUCUACAUUAUGGCUGGUUUCACCACAACAGCUAGCGCCAUAAGCUUUCUAUUCUACGAAAUAGCCAAACACCCUGAAAUGCGAGAAAAAUUGCUCAAAGAGAUAGACGCAGCUUAUGAACAAUCCGGAGGCAAACUCGACUACGAAAUGGCUCAAGAUACACCCUACCUUAAUAAAGUUAUCGCAGAAACUAUGAGAAAAUACUGCAUCAUAGGCUCUUUUUCUCGACGUUGCACCAAGACUUGCUCUCUUCCCGAUGGUUUCGUUAUUGAAAAAGGCACUGCGGUUGUGAUUUCUACCAGCGGACUUCAUCACGAUCCUCAAUAUUACCCAGAUCCUGAGAAAUUCGAUCCCGAACGAUUCAACGAAGAAAAUAAAGCGUCGCGUCAUCCUUAUGUCUAUAUGCCUUUUGGAGCUGGACCUAGAUAUUGCAUUGGCGAAAGAUUUUCCAUUCUCAUGAUCAAAGCAGCUACCAUGACCAUAUUCAAGCGAUAUUCCGUUUCACUAUUGCCAGAAAACGAUUUUGAAUUCGUUUUUAUGCCGAAUAAAUUGACCACCGAGGUGGAGAAGGUGAAAUUACAAUUUAUACCGAGAGAAAACUCUAAAAAAGUUUUAUAAUUGUGAUUAAUGGAUUCGAUAAUGAUUGCUUUAUUCUAAAAAUGGUUUUCAAUUUAAUUUAAAACUAUUAUUAAUCCCAAAUCUUGUGGAACUGCAUCAGAAAAAAUGCUUUAAUCGUAAUAAAUAAUUCAUCAAAUAGAAAAAUUUGUAUAAAAACAGAUUAUUUUCAAAGUUACAAGAACGUAAGUCAUUUUUUUGUUUUUUGGCUGUUUUUUUUAGGUAGGUAACUUUUUAAAAACAAUUUCUUCUUACGAGUUAAGCUAUUGUUUUGGUGGAAAAAUUGUACUCAUUGGUUGUAUAAAUGCCAAAAAAUCAGAAAAAAUGUACCUAGGUCAUAUUUUUCAAUUUUAAUAAACGAUUUUUUUGAUCAUACAA